CGGUCUACUGCAUUUAUUACACUUGUUCCUCGUUCAACCAAAAGGAUGCAAUGAAUUGACACGUACCUGUACUGUAGGAAGAAGUAUAGUCGGUUCUUCUCUUGUUAAGUAAUGUACUAGUUGCACAUUAAUAUUGUUUAUGAGGUUGUGGUUGAGAUUGUUCAACAUCAGGGCCCUCGGCGCUUAAAGAUUAUACUUUGCAGCAGCAGAAUGUGCUUAAGCAUUUUCCUAAGCAACAAGGACAACAUCUUCUUCCUCCACGACUCGUCGUGGCGCGAUGACACGAGGUGACUGUCAGACAGCAACAACGUGACGUCUUAUCAGAUCGAUGAAGCCCUCUGCCGUAACUUAUUGGGACUGUAGUUUGAGUAGUAGCUGCUGUGAAGAUACACCAACACCUUCACCUUCUGAAUCACCAGUAGUAGAAGAAGUACUUUUCCAAAAAUAGGUCUUCUAGAUCAACUACUGAACACCAAGACAAGACUCGUGGCUCGAUAUUUAAAAGCACACGUAGUACAACUACCGAGGCCGAACACAAAGAGUCGUCAUCUUCAUUCAAGGGCUCCUUGUCAGACGCUGAAGCUGCACUGAAGCACGACUAGUAGACAUCAAAGAUGCCGAAGAUUCACCGAACGUCACGGGGUGUGCCCGUCGCUGAGCCGAGCGUACGAGGUCUAUUGGCGCCAGAAGUUGCUGCAUUUAUGACUUGUAGUUGUGACUACCAACACUGCUUUGAAAAUCGGUUGUUCUACACCUGUUCUCUUGGUAACAGCCGACCACGUCUAGUUUUCGUUUUGCUCAUCUAUCAACAUGAUUCUUCUACUUACACGACCUCCUCCUCUUCCUCUUUCCUCCUCUUUCUCUUACCUUCAUCGUCCCCUCUGCCGCUAGCGGAAACCCUAGUGCAAUAGAAGCUGGAGUGGAACCGAAGGGGGUUAAGGAGAUACUGGAGGAGAGUAACAAAGUCGACAUGUAUUACAUGUGCAGAGCAUACUCCGAAGAAAACAGACCGGGAUAUCAUGGUACUCCAAAUUACUACUUUUACUUUUUGGGUGGACCACCUUCUACUUGUCAAGAAUAUUACCAAGAUGCUAUUUAUUUGAACCAUAGUUUCUAGUAUGCGGCUGACAGGUGGACUACGAAAGCGCCGGCGCUUAGUUAGUUUUUUUAGAUCGAAGAUAACCUUUGCUUUUUUUAAAUUUUCCUUUUUUUCCUAGUUAGGUCUGCUCCGCCACAAACUAUAAUCGCUCCGAUUUACAAUCUCAGCAAACGAGGAUCGAUUUUAUUGCGAGGAGCAUGUGCGAAGACGAGAGUCAGAGCAGGUGGAUAUGUUUAUCGUUGGCGUAUUAGACGGCCACGAUGGAGCUAUGGCGGCGGAUAUGGUCCUUUUUUUACUUUUUUAUAACAUUCCUCUUUGUACUGUCGGUGUCCUUCUCCAACGCCCGACCCCAAGCAGAGAAUUGAUUAGAUUAAUGAAUCUCUGAGAAUCUUCGUCCUCUUCGCUACAGGUUUCAGUUGUACGGGCAGCUGAUUUUUGAAUUCCACCAAUUAUUCUACCUCUAUCAGGUUGUAGCAGAUCAACAACUCCCGAGUUGUGUGGUUUUUCAUCCUCAUCUCUCAGGUAGCCGAUCAACUCCCGAGUGUGGUUUUCAAUCAGUGUUUUCUGGAUAAGAAGAAGGUUCACGAAGCACACGUCACGGCCUUUGAGGAGAUAGAAAAAGGGCUUUUGAAAACAGGCAGCACAGCUGGAUGCUGUGCUAAUAGUUGCGUCGUGUGGGGAAGGUGAAGAUACUACUUAUUUCACUAUAUCCUUUUGUGUUGAUCCAACUAGAUGUAGAUUCGACAAGCAGGGAUCAUAUGAGGCUAAGUCGCACUCAUGAACUUCAUCAUUUGUAGUGAAAAAAAUGACCACGACCGCGACGACUACUUCUACUUUGCAUCGUCUUCAUUUUAGAGGUUCUUCUACUUUGCAUCCUCGUCAAAGUAAGAAGAGGGUCAUCCAUUUCCUUCUCAGUAUCUUCAGGUAUCUGUGGUGCGCCAAUCUUGGAGACUGCAGAGCGGUGUACAUACCUUUGAAUAGCUUUGACGGCAGUACUUUUGAUACAGGGGCUUUCUGCUGGAUGUCACGAGAUUUGAAGGCCACAGCACCAUACGAGGUGGAGCGUAUUCGCUCUUGCGGAUGGCGAGUGUCAGACGGCAGAGUAGAGGGGCUAGAGGUAUUUUUCAGGUCUUUCUUCUAGCCCUGAAGAGCACUUUUUUAUAUCACCUGCGUGCAGCUCCAGCUUCUUGUUUCAACUCCCGUAAAAACUACCUGCAACGCCUACGCCUACUGUUCAUGUUCUAGCUGCAUGAUGUCCAUUCAGGUCACUACAUCAUCCAUGAACCCUAAAAUCCCUUACCUAUACAUCAUCCAUGAACCCAUCUCCAGCCCACUCGAACUAUCGGCGAUUUUGAUGUGAAGGCAAAGGUGCCGAAAGGGGUUAUUAGCAUAGUUCCGGAAACGCGAAUGAUCGACAUCAUAGCUGAAGGGAGGAAAAAAGAGAAGGAUGCUCGCUCAGUACAGGGCAUUCUUGUGCAGGGGACGGAUGGUAUGCCCGCAAUUUUUAGGUCUAGAGUUUCAUCAUCUUUUCCAGUACUGUCUCCCUCUCUUUGCUACAAAGCUUAGAAACUGCAGUGCUUCAUCUACUUACUUGUACCUGUUUCUUAAACGACGAGAAAAACAUCGUGAAGAAAUAGAAGAUGAUCUUUUCUUGGCUUUCCAACAAAUUCAUCGACGUCCUCUUUUCAAGGUAUCUGGGAUUGCGUUAGCGGGCAAGAUAUUUUGAAUAUCAUCAAAACGAAGCAGAAGUCCGUUCGACAGCUUCAACAGUACCUCGCGACAGCUGGAAAAGACUGUAAUUUUAGAGCUUUAUCUUUUUCUCCUUCAUCUCCACCUUCUUGGUCGGUUUGUUUUGUCAUACAGAAAAAGAUGACCUGCAACUGCAUGAUGUUGUUAAUGAUCCUUCCUUACUUUUCAAAAAAGAUAAAACAAGUGGGAGCUUGACCUUGUCAAGAAAGAAACCGAGCUACUGCAGCAACAUGAAGAACUAACCGACGUAUUAACCUAUGUAUAAUAAUGAGGUCUUUAUUCCCCACAUGAUCUCCCAUCUCACAGUCGACCCCGAGCACCAAGUAGCGAGCGUGUUGGAACGAAUUGCAGGCGACGUAGUGACGCUAGCGUUGACCAAGGGCAGUUCUGACGACUGCACAGUCAUUCUCACCUGUGUCUCAGUUGGCACGCCUGCAGCUGGUGGGUAA